UCGGGGCGGGACUUCCGGCCCGUCCUCGUGGCUGCCAUCUUGGCAGCGUUUCGGGGCGUCUGGCUGCGGAGCGCCUGGUGGGGCCGAGCUGAGCGAACCCUUCAGUGCAGGAGGAGGCCUGGCGACGCCGCCCGCGGGUCCCGCGCCAGGGCCGGGAUCGGGACCGCCGCGCCCACGGAGCCCGAUGGCGGUGGCCGCGCUGAGCGGCCCGGCUCAGGACCAUUUGACCUUUGAGGAUGUGGCCGUGUACUUCUCCUGGGAGGAAUGGAGGCUCCUUGAUGAGGUUCAGAGGCACUUGUACUGCGAGGUGAUGCUGGAGAACUUUUCACUGUUAUCCUCCCUGGGUUGCUGCUCUGGAGCAGAGGAAGCAGAGGCACCCUUUGAACAGAACCUUCUUGUGGGAGUGUCACAGGCCAGGACGCCCAAGGCAACUCUGUCUUCCCAGAAAACCCAUCCCUGUGAGAUGCAGAGUCCUGUUUUGAGAGAAAUUUUGGCUGAGCACCAGGGAACACAACACAGCCAUCAAGUAUUCAGUUGUAGGGUAUGUAUGAAACAAUUUUAUGUUACUGCAAACUUUGAAAAACACCAGAAGCAGCAUAUGGAAAAGAAACCCAUCAAAAGCAGUAUAGACAGGGCCUUGUUUGUGAAGACCUACAAAUUCUAUGCGUCAGGGAAUCCCUUUAUCUGUGAGAAAGUUGGGAAGGACUUCCUGACCACCUUGGGAUGUCUCCAACAGGCUACUCAUACUGGGAAAAAGCCAAACAAAAUCACCCAGUGUGGAGUAACUUUACAAAGCAGAAAAAGUUGUUACACUUGGGAAGAAGAUAAGAAUACCUUUGGUCCCAAACACAUACUUGUUCAGGAUGAGUGUGUCCACACUAGAAGACAGUGUUUUGUGUGCCAUGAAUGUGGGAAAACAUUCAGGUAUAUAUCCUCAUUUGUUAUUCACAAGAGAGUGCACCUUGUUUCAAGGCUUCACAUGUGUGGCGAAUGUGGCAGAUCUUUUAGGCAAAGCACAACCUUCCAUCAGCAUAAAAGAUUUCAUACUCGGACAAGGCAGUACAAGUGCAGCAAAUGUGGGAAAUUUUUUACCAAUAGCUCAGUAUUCAUUUUACACCAGAGAGUACACAAAGGAGAAAGGCUUUUUGAGUGCAAUAAAUGUGGGAAAGCUUUUACAAGUAGCUCUCAACUCAUUCUACACAGGAGAGUACAUACAGGAAAAAGGCCUUACAAGUGCAGUGAAUGUGGGAAAUCCUUUAGCCAUCAGUGUUACUUCAUUCAACACCAAAGAAGUCAUAGUGGGAAAAGGUCUUAUGAGUGUAGUCAGUGUAGGAAAUCUUUUACCUCUCCCUCUGGCCUCCAUUAUCAUCAGGGAGCUCACAAUGGAUUGAAGCCUUAUGUGUGUAGUGAAUGUGGGAAAUCUUUUGCUUCUACCUCUGCCUUCAGGUAUCAUCACAAGACUCAUGAUAGAGAAAGGCCUUAUGAGUGUAGUGAAUGUGAAAAAUCUUUCACCAGGAGUUGGGCACUCACUCGACAUCAGAGAGUUCACACCGGAGAAAGGCCUUAUGUAUGCAGUGAAUGUGGGAAAUCUUUUACUCAAAGAUAUCGCCUUCUUAUACACCAGAGAGUUCACACAGGAGAAAGGCCUCAUGAGUGCAGUGAAUGUGGGAACUCUUUUAUCUCUAGGUAUGCCCUCCGUUGUCAUCAGAUGGUUCACACAGGAGAAAAACCUUAUGAGUGCAGUGAAUGUGGGAAAUCCUUUAGAGAUAGUUCUCAAUUGAGUGAACAUCAGAGGAUUCACACUGGAGAAAGGCCUUAUGAGUGCACUGAAUGUGGGAAAUCAUUUAGAUACAAAUCUUACUUUUCUCAACACCAGAGACUUCAUACAGGAAAAAGAUCUUACGAAUGUAGUCAAUGUAGGAAAUCUUUUACCUUUAUCUCUGGACUCCGUUAUCAUCAGAGAGUUCAUUCAGGAUCAAAGCCUUAUGAGUGUAGUGUAUGUGGGAAAUCUUUUACCUCUAACUCUGCCCUCAGGUAUCAUCACAAGAUACAUAAUAGAGAAAGGCCCUAUGAGUGUAGUGAAGGUGAGAAAUCUUGUACAAGGAGUUUGGCACUUACUGGACAUCAGAGAGUUCACACUGGAGAAAGGUCUUAUGCAUGCAGUGAAUGUGGGAAAUCUUUUGCCCAAAGAUAUCGCCUUGUUAUACACCAUAGAAUUCACACAGGAGAAAGGCCUCAUGAGUGCACUGAAUGUGGAAAAUCUUUUACCUCUAGCUCUACUCUCCGUGAUCAUUACAUGGUUCACACAGGAGAAAAACCUUAUGAGUGCAGUGAAUGUGGGAAAUCCUUUAGGGAUAGUUCUCAAUUGAGUGAACAUCAGAGGAUUCACACUGGAGAAAGGCCUUAUGAGUGCACUGAAUGUGGGAAAUCAUUUAGAUACAAAUCUUACCUUUCUCAACACCAGAGACUUCAUACAGAUAAAAGAUCUUAUGAGUGUAAUCAAUGUAAGAAAUCUUUUGCUUUUAUCUCUGGACUCCGUUAUCAUCAGAGAGUUCACUCAGGAUCAAAGCCUUAUGAGUGUAACGAAUGUGGGAAAUCUUUUACCCAUAGUUCAUCACUCUUAAGACACCGAAGAGUUCACACAGGAGAAAGGCCUUACAAGUGCAGUGAAUGUGGGAAAUCCUUUAUCCAAAGGAGUCAACUUCUUAUACACCAGAGAGUUCAUACAGGGGAAAGGCCUUAUGAAUGCACCGAGUGUGGGAAAUCCUUUACCUCUGUUUACACCCUCCGUUGUCAUCAGAGAGUUCACUCAGGAUCAAAACCUUAUGAGUGUAGCGAAUGUGGAAAAUCUUUUACCCAUAGCUCAACACUCAUUCGACACCAGAGGCUUCACACAGGAGAAAGGCCUUAUGAAUGCAGCGAAUGUGGGAAAUCCUUUAUCUCUACUUUUACCCUCCGUUGUCAUCAGAGAGUUCACUCAGGAUCAAAGCCUUAUGAGUGUAGUGAAUGUGGGAAAUCUUUUACCUAUAGGUCAACACUCAUUCGACACCAAAGAGUUCAUACUGGAGAAAGGCUUUAUGAGUGCAGUGAAUGUGGGAAGUCCUUUAUCCAAAGACACCACCUUAUUAUACACCAGAGAGUUCAUACAGGAGAAAGGCCUUAUGAGUGCACCAAAUGUGGAAAAUCCUUUAUCUCUACUUCCAACCUUCGUUGUCAUCAGAGAGUUCACAAGAGAGAAGACUUAAAUGUGCAAAGGAAUGUGGAAUUCCCUUGUUCAGUGUAACAUCACUGGAAGAAACCUUGAGGACCCAUAUGCCUGAAUUCAAACUCAGAUAGCCAGUUGUCCACGGUAGGGAGAUUACCCUUAGGUUUCACUUAUGAGAGAAGCAUAUGCAGUUUCUACCUUGCCAGGGUUCUUGCCAGACUUACGUCACUGCCAUUUUCUAUUAAAGCUAUCUUCACCAUGUCCUACAACCCUGAUGUCUACAGUUCUAUGGGUGAUAUUAACUGAUUUUAAGAACAUAGGGGUCACCAUGACUGACUCUGAAUCAGUAGUGAUUGGAGAAGACUGAAUGGAAUGUGCCUCUUCUAAUGGCAUCCACAGAUGGUCAUGUGACAGUGACUGUAGGACCAGUGUGUACCUAAAUCUCAGGAUCUCCUGGCAUGUUUAUCUUUUGUAGCUGAAGUCAUUGUCAGAGAAAAUUAAAGCUUUUGUAGCCUCUCAGCAAUGUUUCCCUCAAGGACAUUGCUGCAUAGGCAGAAAACAAAGAGAAAGUCCAGACAUGGCUUUUGUGACCCAGCCAGCAUUCCUGUUGACUCCAGUGUAAAUGUCCUUUACUACUAAUUAGUAUUUGCUGACACUGAGGGAAGACCACACAGGACAUGAGAAGAUAGGGUGGGGUCAAUAUAGUGUGACCAAAUGUAUUUUCCAAAAAGAGUGGGGUGUAACAGAUUUUAUCUUGAGCCAUUUUUUUAAAGCUUUAUUGAGGUAUAAUUUACAUGUACUAAAUUUGCACAUAGAGUAUUUGGUAUGUUUUGACAUACAUAUGUACCUGGGAAAACAUCAUCAUCUUCACAGUAAUGAUAAUAUCUAUCACUUUAUUUGCCUGCUGUCCUUCUGUAGUCUCUCCCUGCCCUUCACAGCCCUCCAAAUAAACACUGGUUUACUUUUCCUUAAUAUAGAUACCUUUGUAUUUUCUAGAGUUAUGUGAUUUGAAUCAUUAAAUGUUUUACUUUUUUUUCUGACUUACGUUGCAUAAUUUGAGUUUGAUCAAUGACAAAAAUAGCUCAACUUUCUAUUUUGGCUGUCUUUGGAUAUACCACUAUUUAUUCAUUCAUCUUUAUAGACAUUGGGUUAUUUCCAGUUUUUUGACUAUUGUAAAUAAAGCUUGUACAAACGUC